GGUACGACAGUCAUCAUGUUGGGCUCCUUAAUUCUUGUAGGGUUUUGCAUUUACCUCUUCUUCCUCUUAAUCAGGAUCCAGAGGCCCAAGAACUUCCCACCUGGGCCACGACCCAUUCCUAUAUUUGGGAAUCUUUUUCAGCUAAACACCAAAAAUCCUCUGAAAGACUUUGAAAGGUUGGCUAAGUGCUAUGGGGACAUUUAUAGCCUGUAUCUCGGGAGAAACCCUGCUGUUGUUCUUAACGGUUUGAAGGCUAUGAAAGAAGCUCUGGUGACCAAAUCUGCAGACUUUUCAGGACGCCCACAAAAUCUGUUAAUCAGCCAUAUAACUGAAGGAAAAGGAAUCCUAAUGACUGAUUAUGGUCCUGCAUGGAAGGAGCAUCGGCGCUUUGCACUCAGGACCUUGAGGAACUUUGGCUUGGGAAAACAGUCUAUGGAGAACAGGAUUCUGGGGGAAAUUGAACACCUUGUUGCAAAAUUGGAAAAACAUUCUGGAAGCACCUUGAAUCCUCAGACUUUGUUCCACGAUGCAGCAUUAAAUAUCGUCUACCUGGUUUUGUUUGGUACUUGCUAUGAAUAUGGCGAUGAAAGCCUUAAACAAUAUAUUGAGCUGUUUACUGAAAAUAGUAAGAUUAUUAAUGGACCUUGGUCAAUGAUCUAUGAUACAUUUCCACUGGUGAGAUCUCUGCCUCUUCCCUUUAAGAAGGCUUUUAAAUACACCUACUCACUUAAAAAACUAACAAUGGCCUUGGUUAACAAGCACAGGACAACAAGAGUCCCAGGAAAGCCAAGAGACUUUGUCGACUGCUAUCUGGAUGAGCUGGAUACGAGAGAAGAUGGAUCCUCCUUUGAUGAAGCACAUCUAAUAAUGUAUAUUGUAAUCUUGCAUUCAGCUGGGACUGAUACCACGUCCAACACCCUGCUUACAGCUUUCCUCUACCUCAUGGUCUUUCCAGACAUUCAGGAGAGAUGCCAGCAGGAGAUUGAUGAGGUUCUACAGGGAAAAGCUCAUGCAUCUUUUGAGGAUAGACACAACAUGCCAUACACACAGGCUGUGAUCCAUGAGUCUCAGCGCAUCGCCAACGCCGUCCCUCUGGGUAUGUUCCACUCUACCUCAAGAGAUACUGAACUGAUGGGCUACAACAUCCCGAAGGGAACUAUUAUCAUUCCCAACCUGUCCUCAGUGCUGAACGAAGAAAGCCAGUGGAAGUUUCCUCAUGAGUUGAACCCAUCAAAUUUCCUCAAUGAGCAAGGACAGUUUGAGAAGCCAGAGGCCUUCGUACCCUUUUCUGCUGGGCCUCGUGUGUGUCUGGGUGAAGGUCUGGCUCGCAUGGAGCUCUUCCUCAUCUUGGUCACCCUGCUGCGCCGCUUUCAGUUCAUUUGGCCUGAAGAUGCAGGAGAACCAGAUUUCACCCCUGUAUAUGGACUAACACCCAAACAAUUCAGGAUGGGAGUCAGGCUGAGACAGCCAGCUAGUGAAAUGAACACCAAAAGGCCCGGAAGACCAACUGUUUUAGAUGACAGAGGAAUUGUUUCCCUGGUGAAGAAAAACCCCUUCACAGCAGUUGGCCUGUUCAAGAACAACCUCCAGGAGAGCAGCAGUACGAUAGUCAUCAUGCUGGGCUCCUUAUUUCUUGUAGGGUUUUGCAUUUACCUCUUUUUCUUCUUAAUCAGGAUCCAGAGGCCCAAGAACUUCCCACCUGGGCCACAACCCCUACCCAUAUUUGGGAAUCUUUUUCAGCUAAACAUCAGAAAUCCUCUGAAAGACUUUGAAAGGUUGGCUGAGCAUUAUGGGAGUGUUUAUAGCCUGUAUCUCGGGAGAAACCCUGCUGUUGUUCUUAAUGGUUUGAAGGCUAUAAAAGAAGCUCUGGUGACCAAAUCUGCAGACUUUUCAGGACGCCCACAAAACUUGCUAGUCAGCCAUGUAACUGAAGGAAAAGGAGUCAUAAUGACUGAUUAUGGUCCUGCAUGGAAGGAGCAUCGGCGCUUUGCACUCAUGACCUUGAGGAACUUUGGCUUGGGGAAACAGUCUAUGGAGAACAGGAUUCUGGGGGAAAUUGAACACCUUGUCGCAAAAUUGGAGAAGCAUGCUGGAAGCACCUUGAAUCCUCAGACUUUGUUCCACGAUGCAGCAUCAAAUAUCAUCUACCUGGUUUUGGCUGGCACUCGCUAUGAAUAUGGGGAUGAAACUCUUACAAAAUAUGUCACUAUAGUUACUGAAAAUGGCAAGAUAUUUAAUGGACCUUGGUCAAUGAUCUAUGAUACUCUUCCACUGGUGAGAUCCCUGCCUCUUCCCUUUAAGAAAGCCUUUAAAAACACCUGUUUGCUUAAUAAAAUGACAAUGACCAUGAUCAAACAACACAAGACAACAAGAGUCCGAGGAGAGCCAAGAGACUUUGUCGACUGCUAUCUGGAUGAGCUUGAUGUGAGAGACAAUGGAUCCUCCUUUGAUGAAGAACAACUAGUAUCAUACAUUCAAAACCUACAUGGAGCUGGGACUGAUACCACGUCCAACACCCUCCUUACAGCUUUCCUCUACCUCAUGGCAUAUCCAGACAUUCAGGAGAGAUGCCAGCAGGAGAUUGAUGAGGUUCUACAGGGAAAAGCUCAUGCAUCUUUUGAGGACAGACACAACAUGCCGUACACACAGGCUGUGAUCCAUGAGUCUCAGCGCAUCGCCAACACCGUCCCUCUGAGUGUGUUCCACUCUACCUCAAGAGAUACUGAACUGAUGGGCUAUAGCAUCCCAAAGGGAACUAUUAUCAUCCCCAACCUCUCUUCAGUGCUGAGUGAGGAAGGCCAGUGGAAGUUUCCUCAUGAGUUCAACCCAUCAAAUUUCCUCAAUGAGCAAGGACAGUUUGAGAAGCCAGAGGCCUUCGUACCCUUUUCUGCUGGGCCUCGUGUGUGUCUGGGUGAAGGUCUGGCUCGCAUGGAGCUCUUCCUCAUCUUGGUCACCCUGCUGCGCCGCUUUCAGUUCAUUUGGCCUGAAGAUGCAGGAGAACCAGAUUUCACCCCUGUAUAUGGAAUCACACUUACACCCAAACCAUACAGGCUGGGAGUCAGGCUAAGACAGCCAGCUAGUGAAAUGUAGAUUUAGUCAGAAUAUGUCUGUAUACUGACAAAUUCUUCAUGGUGAAUGAAAUAGUAUUAUAUCACAAUAACUGUAGACAUGACCCAACAAUAGAAUAACAAGAAGAUAAGAAGAAUGUUAAGGAGUUUGAUACUGAGAGGAAGGUUGUUUUGAACAUUUUUAGGAUUAAACGCCUGUCUUUAAUUAAAGCCUGUCUUUCUAAUCUGUA